AUGAAAAAAAUAUAUAGGCAAACGAAAACAGACGAAAUAUUUCAAUCGCAGAAAAACAAAUAUCAUCAUUUAAUAAACAAAAAUCACAUAUAUAAUAAUAUAUAUUUAAAUUUGGACGUAUAUGAAAAAUGGAGGAAUCUAACAAUUGACAAAGAUGAAAAUAAGCACUGGAAUGAGAAAUCGUUAAAUAUGGUACUGAGUGCAGAUGCAAAUUUAAUGGACAAAGAAGUAAAGAAUUUGCUAAGAAGAGGUAUAUCUGAUUCCUUAAAACAUCUAAUAUGGUUACGAUCCAACGACGUCAAUUAUUUUGUCAUUAAUUUUCCGCAUUUUUAUGAAACAACCAUAUAUAAUACAUUCGGUGAAAAGGUACCUACUAAUUUAUCUAAUGAUUGUCCAACAUUUUGUGGUGGAAUUUUAGGGUUACAAGAAGACAUAAUGUGUGUACAAACAAAAAUUGAAGAACUAGAAAUUGAGAAUAAUGAUAAUUGUGGGCAUUUCAAUAUUAAUGAUUCUACUAGUAAUAUAUUGCAAUUACUAUUUAAUCAUCCAAAUGAUAAUGAGAAAAAUAGUGACAAAUAUUUAUUACCUGAACAUAACUUUUGGUUAGAACCGAAAACAUUAAGUACUCCAAAUUUUGCUUUUACUAAUAAAAAGAAAAAGAAGAAAUUUUUAUAUAUAGAGAAUGUAAAAAAUAAAUUUUUGAAAAGUAAAAAGAUUGAUCAAUAUUUAAGAGUUGCGUCUGAUUCAGUUUUGCCUUAUUCGAAUAAUUUUAUAUUAAAAAAUAUAUCGAAUAAAAUUUCUAAAUAUAAAUCUAAUAAAAAUAUGGAUAAGAAAGGCUUUUUUGGUAAUAUACAUACUAAUAUAAACAUUUUUAAUAAUAACAAUAGUAAUAUGGAAAAUAAUGAUGACAAAAAAAAAGAAGAAAACAAUUCAACCAAUAAUAAAGUAGUAAAUAAAGAAAAUACAAUCAAAUUAUCUAAUUGUAGUGAAAGUGAAAAAAAUAUUCUUAUUAAAGAUGAUAUUAUUAUAUUUCACAACACAAAUGAAGAUAAUGUGAAUGUUAAUGAAGAGGAAGAUGAUGAUGAGGAAGAGGAUGAUAAUAUUAAUGGAAAUAAUAAUUAUGAAAAUGAUGGGGAUACUAAAAUGAAUACUUAUUAUCGUAAUAAUACUGAACACAAUAUACAUAUAUCAAACAGAAAUAAUAUAAAUAAUAUUCAUAAUAGUAGUAUAUAUAAUAAUAACUUUGAAAGAGAUAAUUGUGUUUUUACGAAUAAUUAUGAUAUUCCUGAUUCUAAUAAAUACUUACAUAUCCAAUAUUAUAUGAAUGAACAAUAUAUUAUAAGUAAAAAACAAGCUGAGAAAAUGAAUAAAGCAAAAUUAUAUUUAAGAUCACGAAGAAAAAAAAAAAUGCACAAACCAAGAGAUAAUUUAAGAACAAAAAGUUGUCAGGAAUCGAACACUAGUAUAGGAGCACACGGUUCAGAUAGCUCCUUAUCAAAUUAUUCUAAUGAAAAAACAUUAAAUGAUGAUAUGGAAUCAUUCACAUUACAUAAAGGUUCUAGUUAUAAUCGUACAAAAAGUUUUUUCAAAAAAGCAUUUGGUACCAAAUAUACACAGCCUAAAAGAAAUGAACGUAAAUUAUCAGAUCAUAUUUCUUUAUUACUUAAAAAGACAUUAAAUGUUGAAAAUUAUGAAAAUGAUAAUAUAGUACCACAUAAAUAUUUGGGAGAUUCAUUGGAUGAAAGAUAUAAGAAUACUAAAAGAAAUUUUGCUCAAGAAAAUGACGAAACACAUGGAGAAGAUAACGAUGAAUUAACCGAUGAAGAACAAGAUGAAUUAGGAAAUGAGCAAGGCGAAAAUAAUAAACAAAGAAAAAAAAAGAAUAAAAAUAAAAAGAAUACUGUAUAUAAAGAAUUAAAUGAAAAUGAAAUAAAAGGAAAUCAUAGAAAUAUAAUACAAAAUAUGCAAUAUGGUUGUCAUAAAUAUAAUAUUGAAUAUAAUGGGAAAAAGCACGAUGCAGAAUAUGAGAAAGAUGAUAAUACUAUUGUAAAGCUUAGUGAAUAUAAUUCAAAAGAGAUUGAAAAGAAUGAUGGUGGUUCUGUUGAUUAUAAUGAAAAAGAAAUACAUAAUUUAAAAGGUGAAGAAAAAACAAAUAAGAAAUCUAUUUUGGGUAUGCUAAAACAUAUUUUUUAUAAAAAAAAAAAAGAAAAUGAGGAAGAUACAUUAGAUAAAGAUAUAAUGAAUAAAAAAUAUAUAAAUGAAUUAGAAAGCAAAGGAGAUCAGAAACUAAAUAAUUUUACAUAUCAUAUGAAAAAUGAUUAUAUGAACGAUAACACGAAUAGUAAGUCAUGUACAAAACAUGAUAUAUAUAUAGAUAAAAAGAAUCAUUAUGAAAAAUAUAAUAUGUAUAUAAAUAAUAAACAAAAGAUAAAAAGGGAAAAUGAAAUUGAUGCAUUUGGUGAUACAUUAGAUGAUUGUAAAUGUGAUUUAAAUGAGGAAGAAAAGGAUAGUAAUGAAAAAAAUUAUGAUACAAACAAAAGUUGCACAAAAGAUAUAAAAAGAAAUAAUAAUGAUAAUAAUGAUAAUAAUGAUAAUAAUGAUAAUAAUAAUGAUAAUGAUAAUAAUAAUAAUAACAAUAAUAAUAAUAAUAAUGAUAAUAAUAGGGGUAAUGCAUAUAGUAUUAUUAUUAAUAAUGAAAAUAAUAAUAUGGAUUAUUAUCAUAUAGUUAAUGGUAUAUACAAUAAGAACAAAAACAAACAUGAUAUUUAUGAUAAAAGUUAUGACACGUAUCAUCAUAAUAAUUAUAAAUAUGAUGAUAAUAAUAAUGGUCUUUUCUCCAAAAUGGGGAAAAUUAAUCGUGUUUUAUCCUUUGAUUCAAUAAAGAAGAAAAAAUUUUUUGGGGAAGAUAAAAAAGGUAUUAAUAAUAAUAAUAAUAAUAAUAAUAGUGGUCAAAUUUUAAAAUAUAAAAAAAAUAAUAAUAAUGAAUAUAGUGUUGAUAAUUAUUAUCAUACUUUAGAACGAUUAAGACAUUAUUCUUGUAAUGUACAAAGAAAUACAGAAAAUGAAGAUGAAGUAAUACAAAGAAAUGCAAGUGACAAUAUAUAUAAGAAAAGUUAUUUAUAUGUUGAAAACAAUAAUGAUGAUUAUAGGAACCAAAUGAAAAAUGAAGAAUCCGAUAAUGAACAAAAGGAAAAAAAUAUGGAUAAUGAAAAUAAUGAUGAUGAGAAAGAUAAUUUAUUAGAUACUCAUGAUUCCUUUGAUAGUGAUUAUGAAAAUGGUUUGGAAAAUUUUAAGUUACCUUCAAGUCAUGAAUUAAAUGAUGAUAUAAAGAGAAAAGGAGAAAAGAAAAAAAAGAAAAAAAUCAAUUUUCAAGAUGAUUAUGAAGAAAAAGAAGAAGAAAAUGAUUUGUCAAAUAAUAAAAAAUCAGAUAAGAUUUAUUAUUAUUAUAAAGACGAGAAAUGUAAAGAGGAUAAUAAAGAAAAUAUUGUUGAUAAUAUAAUGAAAGAAUCUUCUGGUGGAGAAGAUGUAAAAAAUGAUAUGAAUGAAAAAAAUAUAACCUGUGAAGGAAAUAAAGAAAAAUGUGCUAAUAAAGACAUGGAAAGAAAAAAUGAUAUGAAUAAUUUAAACGAAAAAGAACGAAAUAAUAAUAUGAAAAAAUGUGGUUUACCAUUAAAUAAUGAAGAAAAUAAACAUUUAGAACAAGAAUUAUAUAACAAAUUUUAUGAAAAUAAAAAUCCAAAUAACGCAUAUCCAAAUGUAUAUAAUUUAGACGAUGCUACCGAAUUAACAGCAUUAUUAAAUGAUGAUGGGAAACAUGAAAUAAGGAAGUUAUUGUGGGCUAUUAAUAAUAAUUUUGGAAAUGAUGUAGAAUUUGCUCCAAUAAUACCUAAUUUAUGUAUAGUGUUGUUAAUAUAUUUUAAAGCAUCUGUUGUUUAUUGUAUUAUACAUUGUUUAAUAAAGAAAGGUAUUGAUAGUGUGCGAAAUAAACAGUUACCUUUUUUUAUAUAUAAAAGAAAGGAUUUUGUAAAAUAUGUCAAGUACAUAUUAAAUGCUUUUAUUCAAUUUUUGCCUAAAUGUUAUCAUUAUUUAAGAAAAUUAAAUUUUGAUUUAGCUGCAUGGACAGCAAGAUGUAUACAAGAUGGAUUUUCAAGAAUGUUACCUUUUGAUUUUGUUUUAAGAAUAUAUGGAAUAUAUUUAUUUGAAGGUCAAAAAACCUUAUGUUUAUAUUGUUUAGCUUUAUUAAAAUUUCUAGAAAAUGAUAUAUUAAAAUGUACUAAUAUUGAAGAAGUAGAAAAUAUUUUAUAUCAUAUAUGUAUGCAUCCAUAUUUAGAUAUAAAUGAACUAACACAAAUAGCUUAUAGAUUUAAAUUAAAAAGUAAAGAAAAACAUUUGAAAUUCUCAACAAAAUGUCCAUCUCCUUAUUUAAUGAAUGUUAAAUUGAAAACAUUUUAUAGACCAAGAUUAAAUGAUAACUCAACCUUAAUUAAUUCAUUUCACUGGGAAAAUAUAUGGGAAAAAAUUCCUAGUAAUAUUAGAUCACUUGAUCCAUUUUUAACAUAUGCUUCCAAAAAAGAUGGAUAUAAUUUGCAAAUGUUAUUAGAAAAAACAGAAAGAAAUAAAAAAAAACCUAUGAUACUUAUAUUGAAAACAUUUGAUUGUGAUUUAAUAGGUUUCUUUUGUCCAUUUUCUUUAAAUAGAGAUUAUAACUUUGUUAGUACAUCAGAUAAAAGUUCAGCUUUUAUUUUUACAUUUAAUUCAAAUUUUAACUUUUAUAAAUGGUCAGGUAAAAAUAAUACAUCAGUAUUAAUUAAAGAUGGUAUCUAUAUAGGAGGUAAUGAUAUUGCUAUCUAUAUCGAUAAAGAUAUUAAAGUUGGAAAAACAAAUCCAUCUGACUCUUUCUUAUCACCUCCUCUAAUAACAGAUGGUAAUGAUUUCAAUAUAAUGGAUAUUGAAAUAUGGAAUUUGAAAUAG